AUGUAUUCCUUAUAUGUUCACAUAUUCUAUUUCCGAGCACAUCAGAAGGAAACUUACUCGAGCGCGGAGAAGGUGGCGUACCCGGUGGUGGUCUACGUGCACGGCGAGUCGUACGAGUGGGGUUCGGCCAGCCUGUACGACGGCUCCGUGCUGGCGGCGCUCGGCAGGCUCAUCGUCGUCACCAUCAACUACAGGCUGGGCAUCCUGGGCUUCUUCAACCCGAACGUGGACCCCCUGGGGCGCGCCACGGUGGCCAACUACGGCCUCAUGGACCAGCUGGCGGCGCUGCACUGGGUCCAGGAGAACAUCGUGCGCUUCGGCGGCGACCCCGGCCACGUGACCGUCAUGGGCCACGGCACCGGCGCCGCCUGCCUCAACUUCCUCGUCAUCUCGCCCGCCGCCGCAGCCGGACUCUUCAAACGAGCCAUCCUCAUGUCCGGUUCAGCGCUGAGUCCUUGGGCGGCGGUACAGGAACCCGUGUACUACGCGGUGCAGGCGGCGCGACAACUGGGCUGCGAUGUACCGGACGACCUGUACCGGCACUACGAGACUCUCCUGCACUGCCUCAGGGACCGGACCGUCGACCAGAUCCUCCAGGUUGAGUUGGAGACGCCACAGUUCCUGUCAUCCAUCGGUCCCAGUGUGGACGGGGUAACGAUAAGGCCGGAUUGGAAGCAGCAACACACGAAAAUGGGUCAGGAAGGUCGCACUCCUGUGGACAUCCUCCUCGGCGUCACAGCUACGGACAUCCUCGAGGUGUUCAGCGACGCCGAAAUACAGCAUGGAUUCGAGGCCGACCACCGGGACCGUAUUCUUCGAACUUUUGUCACGAACAACUACCGUUAUCAUCUCCAGGAGAUCGUGCUGGCCAUCACCGCCGAGUACACGGACUGGUCGCGGCCCGUGCAGCAUCCGGUCAACAUCCGGGACCUGACGGCGGAGGCGCUGCACGACGCGGCGCUCGUGUCGCCCGUCACCGUCGCCGCCAACCAGCUGUACACCGCCGCCAGGGCCGCCUUCUUCUACGUCAUUGACCACACGCUCGACGACCCCGACCCGGAGAGAGGACCCGAAGUCUCCCUCAAUGAGCUCCUGUACGUGUUUGGAACCCCCCUGGGUGCUGGGGGUCCCGUGGCUCCCCCCAUCAACUACACCAAGACAGAAGCAGCUCUCAGCGAAUCGGUUAUCACGACUUGGACCAAUUUCAUCAAGACUGGAAACCCGAACGAGGCCGGCGUGGGCGGCGACGGCGGAAACCCUCGCGAGAAAUACAAGUACAAGAGUCAGGAUUGGGCAAAUUAUGAUCCGCAGUACCGCAGAUACCUCGAAUUCGGCAGCCGCGGCCGCGUGCGGGACCACUACCGGGCGAGCCGCGUGGCGCUGUGGUCGUGGCUGGUGCCCGGCCUGGAGCGCGUGGGCGCCCGCUACGGCCCCGACUCGCCCUUCCACCGCCUGCCCGACCACCAGCGCCCCGACACCUUCUCGGGCCCGACGCGCCCCACCAACCUGUCCAGCAACCUCCUGCCGCCCCCGACCACGCCCCCGCCGCCGCCCACCACCCCCGCGCCCGCCUCGUCCCCCGCGCCCCGCCACACCACGCCCCCCGGCGCGGCGGGCGCGAACGGCAGCAGCAGCGUGGCUGGGCUGCUGGAGGGCCUGGGGCUGGGCCAGCGGCAGCCGCAGCCGCACCCGCAGCAGGGCGCCGCCGCCUUCCCCUACACGACGGCGCUGAGCCUGACGGUGGCCAUCGGCUGCUCGCUGCUCAUCCUCAACCUGCUGGUGUUCGCCGCCGUCUACUACCGCCGCGAUUCGGCCCGCGGCCACGUGGCCCUCAACAAGCCGGCGUCAGGGUCACGAGGGCGGCGCGGGCUCGGAGGGCGGCGGCAUCGGCCUGGGCGGCAUGGGCGGCAUGGGCGGCGGCGGCACCGACGUGCAGCUGCGCUCGCCCGGCGACGGCUGCAAGCCCUCGUCGCCGUCGCACUGCGGAACGCUGCGCUCGUCCGCCACGCUGCGCUCCUCGCUGGCCACGUCGUGCGACGGCGACCAGCACGAGUGGCCGCCCGACUACACCACGUGCUGCCAGGGCGGCCCGACCUCGGCCCAGGGCGGAGGCCAGGCCGCGCCCUCCUCGCGCCCCCCGCACAACGGCACGGCCACGCUAAGGGCCGUUCCGCGCCCCCCGCCCCCGCCGAGGUCGUCCUCGUACCCGUCCCACGUCGAGGCCCAGCCGCUGCUCUCGCCCUCCGCCCUCCUCCACGCCAACAACGCCCAGUGCUCCGAGAUGCGGGUGUGAGGCCCCCGCCCGCGCCCACGCCCCCACCCGCGCCCGCAGCCAGGUCAAAGGGCGAGAGCUUGGCGGAUGCUCUAAGGCGAUUAAGCAUUCCGGAUCGGCGCUCCGAGGGAAGCCGCCACUCGGCCGCAGCUCCGAAAAGCCCGGAUGUCGCAACAGAACAUGUCGACAACACGUUAUCAAAAAAAAAAGUAAAAUAAAGACAGGAAAAAGAAAAUACGCCAGUCUCUUUGAUCCUUCCUCUCGUACGACUGUUGAAUCAAUGACUGAACUCACAUGGAAUCUGUGAAACGAUUUACACGAAAAGGGAAAAAUAGAUGGGGUGUUGCUUCUUCAUCACAGAACAAAUGUAUAUUGUGAUGGAAGUGAUUAAACGAUGACGUGACAAUGACGCAAUGGGAACCAAGUGAUGACGUAGAUACAAAAAAAAAAAAAAAAUACAAAAGUGACUGCGAGAAAAACAUAGCAAGCGAGUGAAGCUAAGCCGGAGAGAAAAAUCUGCGAAAUUCAAAUUACAUUUUCGCAUUCAGGGUCUGUGUGUUUGUUAGUAUGUUCGCGCAUUUCAGGGCGGGGAUUUUAUUACUCUGAGUGCCAAAGGUGCCCCGUGGGCCUCUCGGUGGACGACAAUUGGUGCCAAAGUGAUGGUCAAGUGUAGCAUUGGCGUGUAGCGAUCUCAAGCAUCAAGGAUUUAUUUUUCAUCUAUCUGCA